GGAAAAUUUUUUUGGUGGGAAGAUUACUCGCAAGACACCGGGAUUUCACACAGUGUUAUAAAAGACCGUCUUGAUUCCACAAAAAACUCUAAAGAAAUGGCAUCAACGAACGAUCCAGACGAUAAUCAUCCAAUUCAAACGUUUGGCGGUGCAGGAGCUGAUAACCCUCCUAUUGACAUCUACGAGGGAGAAAAUGAAUGGGUUGCUCACGUAGAACUUGCCGGUGUACCACGCGAGAAUGUUAAUGUAG